GUCACACUUUGCGCUACCGUUGCGUGGGAUUAUAAAAGCUUUGAUUCUGGUCGUCCGGUAGAACACUAAGUCGGGAAUCGUUGAAGCUGGAUAAUCGAUCGCGAUCGAUAGGUCAUUAAAGUGAAAAUAUAGUGCAAUGCGAUUGUACCAGAAGAUACCGUUGCAAAGGUGCACACUGACGAUUGUGUUAUCCCUAUUGUUAGGAUCGAUUACGGUACCAUGUGCUACAGUUAAUCCAGCAUCAUACUAUCAGCGAAGCAACGAUGGCUCGUACAGAUAUGCAUACAACGCCGGUGAUGGGUUCAAUGCCAGACAAAGUGCAAAUGCGGCCAACGAAGUGGUUGGCCAGUACACGCAGUUGCAACCGGAUGGAAGGAUAGACAAUGUCCGAUAUAAGGCCGGAGUGGGAGGUUUUCGGCCACAAUAUGGAGCAGCAUAUUCACCUUACAAUGGUGCUGAUUCUGGACAACGUGCGAGACAAUAUGCUGGAUACGGUGUUUAUGGAGGUGGGUCAGGCCCUUUCGGAACUCGGUCGCUGAAUGGUGGAUCGCAAUUUGGCUACGGGGGAUAUUAUACACCUGGAUUCCAUAACAACGCCCAAUCGUAUGGAGGUCUUGGCGGUGAAUCUUAUGAUGCCCGAUCUUUAGGUGGUGGAUCUCUAGGAGGAGGUGCAGUUGGCGCCGGAUCAUUAGGUGGUGGACUUGGUAGUCGAUCACUUGGAGGUGGAUAUGUAGGAAAUGGUGCAGGUGCAGGUGCCGGUGGACUGCAAGCUGGCGGAGGUCUUGGUUCUAAUUUUGAUGGUAGUUCCUUAGGUAAUCAUCCUCAAGGGGGAUCACCGAGUGAACCAAACAGCAGUUCUUUGGGACCUGGAUCGAUCGCUAGUAGGUCGCCUAUUGGGGGCUCUCUUGAUGCAGGCGCACUCAAUCGAAGAACGCCUGCUGAUGGAACAUCUGCGCUUGGUUCGACAGAUGGUAUAGGUUCUUCCACUGGCAGCAAUCCGUUUGGAACAAAUGCAUUUGGACGAAGUCCCCAGCAAAUUGGAUCUGUUUAUGGUGGAAUUCCCAGUUAUGCUACAAAUCCUGCGCUUGGUAGAACGUUUGGUUAUCCUCGUAUACCUUUAGCAUUUGUAUACACUACACCUCGAUCGUUCAUCGCGCCCUCAGUUACCUCAACGCCAAUAAACGGAGUAGGGACGAAUCGUUUCCCUAACAAUGAUGGCAGAAGCACUACUCGGGGAAACCAAUUCCAAGAUGACGCUGGUAUUCGUGAUCUUGGUGCAGCCGGACCAAACACUGGAUAUCGUCCAACCGGUGGUAAUGCUGCAACUACCCCAAAUGGUCUUCCGAAUCAAAUUGCAUCUUCCUCGCAGAAUUCGCGUCCCGGGUCUCAAACGAAUCCCCAGAAUGACGGCACAUACAACUUUGCAUACAGAACUCCGGAUUCUACGAGACAGGAAUCAGCCGAUGGCCAAGGAAACGUGCAUGGUUCAUACGCAUUCCGUAAUGCAAACGGCAAUCAUGAUCUGUCUUUCGUAGCUGGACCAAAUACCGGAUUUCAACCCACGGGUGGUAGCCUAGCUGUUCCGAAUGGUCUCGGACAGGGAAGAUCUAAUGUUAACGGGUCACCCGUUUCACCAGUUGCCUCAACUGCGGUACGGAACGACAACAAUGGUGGUAAUGGCCUCGGGGAUCCAUCGAGACAUGGUUCUGGAAUCGGGCAGAACAAUAAUGGUGCUCAAAACAGUGGUUCCAAUGGGGAAGCGUUGAAUGGAGGACGAUCUGGUAAUGAUCAACGUUUGCUAAGUGAUGGAACCGGUUCUGGAAGUGCAAUAGGAGGAAAUCUCGGUGCAGGAGGACCUAAUGUGUUUCAGCAAACUGGGCUACGUGGAUUAGACGGUAAUUUGGGUAGCAGCGGUUCAACGGGUAAUCAUGGAAACGGAUUAGCAAAUACCGGGUUUGGAGGCAAUGGUGGGGGUCCGUUAUCCAAUGGAAAUGGGCAAUCUGGCGAAGGAACUUUUGGAGGAAAUUCAGGAUCUGGAACACAAUCUACAACUGGGAACCAGCGAUCACCUAGCAGUGGUUCAAGUUUCAACAGAGGAAAUGGGUUAACUAAUACUGGCUCUGGUGUUAAUGGUGGAGGAUCCUUAUCUAACACGAACGGCCAAUCCGUAGCAGGCAAUUCGGGUGGUCAUGGAACACAAUUAACGGAUGGAAAUUCAGGGUCAUUAUCGAGCACCAGUUCAACCUUAAAUCGUGGGAAUGGGUUUUCAAACUCCGAGUUCGGAAAUAUUGGAGCUGGAUCGAUAUCUAACUCGUACGGUCAAUCUGUUGGAGAAAUUUCUGGUGGAACAUUGGGUUCCAGUAGCGGUUCAACGUUGAAUCGUGGAAAUGGUUUAACAAACGCUGGGUUCAGGAAUAACAAUGGAGGAAGCUCCACGGGGAGUUCUAGUUUUGGCACAGCGUCGGCCAAUUUAUAUGAAGGCGGAAACGGAUCAUAUGGGUUUUCCAACGACGGCAGAAAAACCCGCCAAGGAAAUAGGAAUGGAAGAUUAGAUGGACAAUAUUCGUAUCUUAGUGGUGGAAGCCAACAGAGUCUGCGUUAUCGGGUAAGACCAGAGACUAGUUUUGAGGCAGCUGGAGCAACAAAAACUGCUAUUCCAAAAUAGUUUGCUUAGUAUUCGAUCCCAACACCACAUGAUUUUAUUUGUAAUAAUAAACCCUACUGCUGAAUUUA